UGGUAUUGGUGAACUAAAAGCUAUUGAAAUAGUUAUUUCUGAUGGUAAUUAAGCACAAUUUAAUUACUUUUGAUUCUUCUUUGGGGACUUCUGUUUCAUUAACUUGUUCUGCUUCUACCACAUCAUCCUUUGCAGUUGCCUGCUCCUCAUCUGCAGCCUUUACGUCGACACUGUCUUUAACAUCCUCGCCACUGGAGCUUUCUGACUGUUCUCCCUUGCCUUCUGCCGUUUCCUCGUCGACCUUAGUGUCUUCUUUUGUUGUUUGUUCUUCUGUUACUUCACCUGCCUUUGGUUCUUCUGUUACUUUGUCCUUCUUCGGUUCUUCUGUUGCUUCAUCCGCCUUUGGUUCUUCUGUGGCUUCAUCCACCUUUGGUUCUUCGGUGGCUUCUUCCGCCUUCGGUUCUUCUGUAACUUCGGCCGGUUUUAAAUCUUCUGUUACUUCAUCCGCCUUUGGUUCUUCUGUGGCUUCAUCUACCUUUGUUUCUUCUGUGGCUUCAUCCGCCUUUGGUUCUUCUGUGACUUCGGCCGGCUUUGGUUCUUCUGUUGCUUCAUCAGCCUUUGGUUCUUCUGUUACUUCAUCUGUCUUUGGUUCUUCCGUUACUUCAUCUGUCUUUGAUUCUUCAGCGUUUUCUUCUGCCUUUGGUUCUUCAGGUUUCUCUUCUGCUUUUGCUUCUUCGUUAGACUUUUCUUGUGUUUCCUCUACCACAUCGUCUUUGGCCGGUUCUUUUACUUCCUCUUUUACGUCUUCAACUGUUUCAGAUGUAGCUUCAUCAUCGACACUAUCCUAUAAACAGUAGUCAGUAUGUCCAGGCAUGCUACUUUGAUUAUGUUUUGGUAUUUGUGUUGUCUUGUGAGAAUAAAAAUAUUAUAAAAUAGUUAAAAAGAAUCUCGACUGAAAAAACAUGGG